GCAGAUCGCCGCAGCCGGCGCCUCCGACCGAGCCCCGGGGCCUCGCACGCCGAGCCCAGGCCGCGGGCCACAGCGGCCGGCGAUGAGCGCGAGGAGCCGAAAUGAGCGCAGACAGCAGCCCGCUCAUGGGCAGCAUGCCCCCCAACUAUGGGACCCUGAUGACAGGGACAUCAAUCGAUCCCCUCAGCUCCUCAGUUUCAUCCGUGAGGCUCAGCGGCUACUGUGGCAGUCCAUGGAGGGCCAUCGGCUAUCACGCCGCGGUCUGGAUGCUGGCCGGGAUCCCUUGGCUGCUAUUCCGCUGGAAGCCCUUGUGGGGCGUGCGCCUGCGCCUGAAGCCAUGCAGCCUGGCCCACGCCGAAACACUCGUUAUAGAAAUAAAAGACAAAGAGGGUAGCUCCAGACAGCUCUUCACAGUCCAGGUGCAGACUGAGGCUGUCGCCAAGGGCAGCCUGCAGCUGCCCCCACGGCCCCAGGCAGAGGAUGGGCGGAGCCAGGUGGCUGUGGGAGUGAUUCCAGAGGAUGCAUGGCAGGACACCACCCAGCUCCACAGGCAGGAAGAGGCAAGGCAGGUACUGCGCUAUUACGUCCUCCAAGGCCAACGCUAUGUCUGGAUGGAAACCCAGCAAGCCUUCUGCCAAGUCAGCCUGCUGGACCACGGUCGUACUUGUGGUGACAUCCACUGCUCGAGCUCUGGCCUCAGCCUCCAGGACCAAGCUGUGAGGAAGACCAUUUACGGCCCCAACGUGAUUGGUAUUCCCGUCAAGUCCUACCUGCAGCUACUGGUGGAUGAGGCACUGAACCCCUACUACGGGUUCCAAGCCUUCAGCAUCGCCCUGUGGCUGGCUGACCACUACUAUUGGUAUGCUGUCUGCAUCUUCCUCAUCUCAGCCAUCUCCAUCUGCCUGGCUCUGUACAAGACCAGAAAGCAAAGCUUGACUCUGAGGGACAUGGUCAAGCUGUCUGUGCGGGUGCAGGUGUGCCGACCCGGAGGAGAGGAAGAAUGGGUGGACUCUAGUGAGCUGGUGCCCGGAGACUGCCUGGUGCUGCCCCAGGAGGGUGGGGUGAUGCCGUGUGACGCCGCUCUGGUGGUCGGGGAGUGUGUGGUCAACGAGAGCUCCCUGACAGGGGAAAGUGUCCCAGUGCUGAAGACAGCCCUGCCCGAGGGGCCCAAGCCCUACUGCCCAGAGACCCACCGGCGGCACACUCUCUUCUGUGGCACCCUCGUUCUGCAAGCUCGGGCCCACCUGGGACCCCGUGUCCUAGCAGUGGUGACUCGGACAGGGUUCUGCACAGCCAAAGGGGGCCUGGUGAGCUCCAUCCUGCACCCAAGGCCCGUCCACUUCAAGUUCUACAAACAUAGCAUGAAGUUUGUAGCUGCGCUCUCUGUCCUGGCUCUGCUCGGCACGAUCUACAGUGUCAUCAUUCUGUACCGCAACCGGGUGCCUGUGAGGGAGAUCGUGAUCCGGGCUCUGGACCUGGUGACGGUGGUGGUACCACCCGCCCUGCCGGCCGCCAUGACCGUGUGCACGCUCUAUGCCCAGAGUCGACUGCGCACACAGGGCGUCUUCUGCAUCCACCCGCUGCGGAUCAACCUGGGGGGCAAGCUGCAGCUCGUGUGCUUCGACAAGACAGGCACCCUCACAGAAGAUGGCUUGGAUGUAAUGGGGGUGGUGCCCCUAAAGGGACAGAUCUUGCUGCCACUGGUUCCAGAGCCCCGCCAUCUGCCUCUGGGGCCCCUCCUCCGAGCACUGGCCACCUGUCAUGCCCUCAGCCAGCUCCAUGACACCCCGGUGGGCGACCCCAUGGAUCUCAAGAUGGUGGAGUCUACAGGCUGGGUCUUAGAGGAGGGUCCAGCUGCGGGCUCAGCACCUGGGCGCCAGGUCCUGGUGGUAAUGAGACCCCCACCCAGGGGGCCUCAGCAACAGGAAGAGUUACCAGAGCCUGUCAGUGUCCUCUGCCGCUUCCCCUUCUCCUCUGCCCUGCAGCGUAUGGACGUGGUGGUGACAUGGCCAGGGGCCACCCAGCCUGAGGCCUACGUCAAAGGCUCCCCAGAGCUUGUGGCCAGCCUCUGCAGCCCCGAGACAGUUCCCAGCGACUUUUCUCAGGUGCUGCAGAGCUACACAGCUGCUGGCUACCGAGUUGUGGCCCUGGCUGGCAAGUCACUGCCCAUUGCACCCAGCCUGGAGGCUGCUCGGCAACUGACAAGGGACACUGUGGAGAAGGACCUGAGCCUCCUGGGGCUGCUGGUCAUGCGGAACCUACUAAAGCCACAGACGGCCCCAGUUAUACAGACUCUGAGGAAGACAGGCAUCCGUACCAUUAUGGUGACAGGGGAUAACCUGCAGACAGCAGUCACUGUGGCCAGAGCUUGUGGCAUGGUGGGCAUCCAGGAGCCCCUGGCUAUCAUCCAUGCCACCCACCCCGAGCAGGGCCAGCCUGCUGCCCUCCAGUUCCUGCCAACAGAGUCCUCUGCAGUCAUGAAUGGAGCAAAAGAUUCUGUCCAGGCCACAGGCUGUCCCAUGCAGCUGGAACCCCAGUCCUGUCACCUGGCCCUCAGUGGGUCCACCUUUGCUGUCCUUCAGAAGCACUUCCCCAAGCUGCUGCCCAAGGUCCUGGUGCAGGCCACCGUCUUUGCUCGCAUGGCCCCAGAGCAGAAGACAGAGCUAGUGUGUGAACUGCAGAGGCUUCAGUACUGUGUGGGCAUGUGUGGGGAUGGAGCCAAUGACUGUGGGGCCCUGAAGGCAGCUGAUGUGGGCAUCUCGCUGUCCCAGGCAGAGGCCUCAGUGGUCUCUCCGUUCACCUCCAGCAUGGCCAGUAUUGAAUGUGUGCCCACUGUCAUCAGGGAAGGCCGCUGCUCUCUGGACACUUCCUUCAGCGUCUUCAAGUACAUGGCCCUAUACAGCCUGACCCAGUUCAUCUCUGUCCUCAUUCUCUACACGAUCAACACCAACCUGGGAGACCUACAGUUCUUGGCCAUCGACCUGGUUAUCACCACCACAGUCGCGGUGCUCAUGAGCCGCACGGGCCCUGCACUGACGUUGGUGCGAGCACGGCCGCCAGGGGCGCUGCUGAGCGUGCCUGUCCUCGGCAGUCUGCUGCUGCAGGUGGCCUUGGUGGCCGGCAUCCAGCUGGGGGGCUACUUUUUGGUCAUAGCUCAGCCCUGGUUUGUGCCUCUGAACAGAACUGUGCCCGCCCCGGACAACCUGCCCAACUACGAGAACACGGUGGUCUUCUCUCUGUCUGGCUUCCAGUACCUCAUCCUGGCCGCAGCGGUGUCUAAGGGGGCACCCUUCCGCCAGCCGCUCUACACCAACGUGCCCUUCCUGGUGGCCCUGGCGCUCUUGGGCUCUGUCCUGGUGGGCCUCAUCCUGGUCCCCGGCCUCCUGCAGGGGCCACUAGGACUGAGGAACAUUGCGGACAGUUCCUUCAAGUUGCUGCUGCUGGGUCUGGUCGCCUUCAACUUUGUGGGCGCCUUCAUGCUGGAGAGCGUGCUGGACCAGUGUCUCCCAGCCUGCCUGCGGUGGCUGCGGCCUAAACGGGCCUCCAAGAAGCAAUUCAAGCGGCUGCAACGGGAGCUUGCUGAACGUCCAUGGCCUACUCUACCCGUCGGCUCCGUGAGGUAGCAGCCUUGGAGGGCGUACUGAACACUGGAUCUCCCUGCCCCUGAGCCACGACUGGAGCUAUCUCCAGAAACAGUACCAGUCACCUCCCACAGCCCCGAAGCUGGUUGCCGUCACACUCCUUUCUGGACACACUCACCUGGGGAAGUGCUGACUGCUGUCUCACUUUAGACCAUCCUGUGUAGAGACAGCAGCUACCAACUCCAUCCAGAGCUGUGGGUCACUGUAGCAAAUAAAAUGCUGGGUUCCUGUCUUGGCA